AUGGACUACGACUUCGAUGCAGAUCUUCUCAGAACAGAGCUGAAGAUGUUGUCAAGUCUUCAAUUGGACCAACGCCCAGAAUGUUGUCAAGAUUUAGCUGAAUUCCUUUCCAAAGAAUCUAAAACUGUCAAAUCGAUGCUUCAGCAAGUCAUUCAACUGCUAAUUAUCGUGUUGACUGUUCCGGCAUCAGCUGCUUCAGCGGAACGUUCGUUCAGCGCUUUGCGACGUUUGAAGACUAUAAAGCUGGUUCAUAUUAAAAGGUGGCUAUCGGUAUCACAUUUCAAGCUGGCUCAUCAGUUUUGGAUAUCCUACCCGCCACCAGCGGCGGGUAGCUCUACUGGUACCAAAGAGAAGGAAAAAGAAAAAAUUCUCGAAGAAGAAAGAAAAGUGUCUAGCAAGGAACAACGGCAGUUGGAGUACGAUAUUGCUAUCAAGGAACACCAUCGAUCGCAGCGAGAACAGUGGGAAAUACGACAAUUGGACAAUGACCUUCUUCAACAACGACAUUCUGAGAGAGAACGCGAAAGAGAACAGAAGGAGUUAGCAGAUCAGCGCAUGCUGAUUGAGAGUAGUGGAGGAAGUGCUGAAAGAGCUGGGGCAUCAGCCACAACUACUGCUUCAUCUGUCUUCGAUCAUGACGAUUUCAAACUGCAGAUGAUGUAAGUUAUUAUAAAAAUUAUAAAUGUUUUUUUCUAGUGCCUGACUCAUCGUUUAUUAUAAAUUAAGACA